AAAUGUACGGCUAUCGACUCACCCCCUGUUCCAUUGUGCAUAAAUUGAUUUUUGACAUCACUUACUAAAUGCCCAGUAACAAUGCGUCGUUAGGAGUAUUUGUUCUUUUUUGUAUUUUAUUUGUGUACAUUUUUUCUAGAAACAGUUUUGAUGAUCAGGAUCAAUAUGAGAAAGUUUACAUACAACUCCCGUUUCCCGAAGCCUCCACUCUUUCCACAAAAAGACCUACAACUUCAAAAAGCGCAGUGAUUACUACGCAAGAAAGAGAUAGUACUGAAACAGUCCCAAAUGCACUUUCACCUUCAAAAGAGGAAGUUCAAGAUACCGCAGAAGAUGAAGUAGUGAAUGGAGAGCCUGCAUUGGCAUAUUUUAGAAAACUCUCCGGUUCUGUAAAUGGAUUUUCUAGCGCAGGGGGUUUAAAAUUUCAAAUAAUGGCUGCCUACUCGUACAAGGAUCAUUUUUCGGCAACUAUUUCAGUUCCGAAACAAAUUGGAUCUGUAGCUUAUUGUCGAUAUAUUGGUGUCGAUGGAAAAGAAGUCGCAGAGCCCGUCGAGUCACGAGUUUAUCCGUUUUUCGUAGUGUACUGUAGUCGGAGGAGCAAUGCCACAAUGCUUGGCAUUACAAAUAGCAAGAAUGAGCCAAUUAGUACGGAGAACUCGGCGAAAUUGAUUCACCGGAAGUUUAAGGAAUAUCAGCACAAUGUCUCUUUCUGCCUCGCCCCAAUUUACGGGAAAGAGCCCAAAUGGCUUCAUUUUGCAGAGCUCGUUGAGCAUUACAAACUACAAGGAGUCAAUAAGUUUUUUAUUUAUAUUCGUGAAAUUGGUGAAUAUGACAUGAAGCUUGUGAAGAGCUACGUGGCAAGUGGUGAGGUGGAGAUUAUCGAGGUUCCCGCAACAAAUAGCGAUGUUAUUGCUCAACAGAUGAUGGCUGUGGCGGACUGCUUAUUGAGAAGCCGAACAUAUUCGAAAUGGUCUAUUUAUGCGGACAUUGAUGAGAGACUGAUAAUGACUGAUGAUCGAAUGACUAUUAAUGGGUUUUUGAGAAACGUCACCGACGAAUCCAUUGGCUCCAUUGCAUUUCCACAACGUUGGAUUAUGAAGCGGGAGCAAAUUCCACCAAAAUUCACAAGCGACGCUCAGAUUAUCGAAAAAAUGCCAACACGGGCGUGGCACGAGACCACGAGUGCUGCGAUGAAAGGGCAUCCAGUUUGUAAGGAUCAAGUCAGCUGCUGGGCUAAGGAUAUUGUGCACAAUGAGAAAGCAAUCAGAAUGCUGGUCCACGAAGUUGUAAAGUUCUACCCUGGAUAUCGAGAAUGGUUCUUAGACUCGUCGAUAGGAUACAUACGACACUAUCGCGAUGUUGAUAUGCAGUCUUGGGAGAAGAAUAACAUUGCGAAUCUCAUGAAAUUCGGACCAUUCUCCAACACAUCCUACCCUAACUCAUUAGGAGCCAAAUUGUUGAAAAAUGUGUUAAGCCGACUGCAUUGGGUCUAUAAUUGAUUGUUACGGGUGAAAGUUUAGUCGUUGUUUUUAUUGUUUUCACAUAAAUUUUGAAGCCGCUCUGCAAUACAUACAAUUUAUAAAAUUUUUUCAAAAUUUUU